AUGUCCUCUUACCGAAUCCUUCAACCCGAACGAAAAAAAAUAAAAAUCGAAAGUCUGUGUCACGCAUCUCGCCGGAGAAGACAACAGCAGGCAUUGAGGUCGGCAGAGGACGCCGACAAUUUUGCCGACGUGAUAGUAGCUAACGCCGACGAGACUGUGGCGGCGCUAAGGAGAUCGGCAGAGGACUCCACCGAGACUGCCUCCUCCAAAGGCGGCGGCGGCGACCAGUGGGUUCGUCUCAGGCCAGACGAAAUCAAGAGCAAGAACAUGAUUGCACUUGCAAAUUACACAGUGACCGAGCACAACAGAGAGAAAAAAAGGGAAUCUGCCACCGAUUACGAUAAAUGCACCACACCUAUCGGGAGCAGCGACGGUGUUCUCGGGAGCUACAUCGCGGUCGUGUGGGUCCCGAAUGGGAAGAACCUCACAACGCUCGUGUCCCUCAAAAAAACUAAAGGGGUAACGUGUAAUCUUGAAUAUAUUUAA